UUUGAGCAAGUCACACUCUUUCGGCCUCAGAGGCUGGCAAUGGCAAACCCCCUCCAAACAAGCUUUCCAAGAAAACAACAAUGUUUUAGGAGAUGGAAGAAGCAAGGAAGGAAUUUAAGGUGCCACUGUAAUUCUGUAUCCCUGUCUCAAAUUUGGUUUCAUUUUGCAUCUCUUAAGACGGAGAAACGAUGUGACGGACGGUUCAAGCCCCGGAUUUACUUAAUCCAUCUAAAGCAAAAGAAAGGCGAAAGGAGGAAGAAAGUAGACAUCGCAUGGCUUCCGAUGACGAACUUUUGAGACAAGGGUUGAGCCCUCCUGCAGAUAGGCUUGCCCUUGUUGAGUAAAUACAAAUCACAUUUGCUCUCCGGAGCCCAUCAGUGUGAAUGGCAUCCAUGCAAACACCGAACGGAUGAACUGGACUUGACGGGGGUCUUCAUUUGAAAGUGAGUGCAGUGCUGGUGGCUCUCGAAAACACAACAUCCCUGCAAGAAAGCAAGCAAGAUGGCAGCCAAGCCCCUGCCAGAUUGUCCUUCAUCUUGGAUAUUAUGGCAGGCCCUGCUGUUUCUGAUUUCAACCGCCCUCUUUGUGGGAUUCGGACAGAGCUGCCCUUCUAAGUGUUUCUGCCCUGCCCAGGAUAAGUCUAUCUUCUGCAACAGUCGCAACCUGACAACCGUCCCAGGAAGGAUCCCUCCCGACUCCGAGUUCCUGGACUUGAGUCGCAACUCCCUCCACACUUUGCGGGAGGGCAUGUUCUCCCGCCUCUGGGCCUUGAAGGAGCUGGACCUGAGCCACAACAUGAUCUCCAACAUUGAAGACAGGGCCUUCAACUGCCUGCAGAACUUGAUGACCCUUCGGCUCAAAGGCAACAGGUUGAAUAUGGUCCCGGAUGGCAUCUUCACAGGGCUGCCCAACCUCUCUGUCCUGGACAUUAGCGAAAAUAGGAUCCUUGUUUUCCUGGAUCACUCUUUCAGGGACCUCUCCAACCUCAGGAAGCUGGAGACAGGAGACAACCACUUGGUCUUCAUUUCCAGCCAAGCUUUCAGUGGCCUUCAAAGCCUCCAGCAGCUGACGCUUGAGAAAUGCAACAUCACCAGCGUCCCGACACAAGCGCUCUCCCACCUCCGCCAUCUUGUGGAGCUCCGGCUCAAAGUCUUGAACAUCAGCGUCAUCCCCAACUAUGCCUUCCAAACGCUCCAUCGCCUCAAAGAUUUGGAGAUUCAUCGGUGGCCUUUCUUGACCGCAUUGCAGUCUCAGAGCCUCUCUGGCCUAAACAUCACAUCCUUGGCCAUCACCAGAUGCAACCUCCACGACGUUCCUUACAAAGCCAUCAAGCACUUGGCUCACCUCCGUUUCCUCGAUCUCUCCUACAACCCAAUCUCCGUCAUCCGUGGGAGGAGGCUGGCUGACCUCUCUCGCCUCCACGAAUUCCACCUCACGGGGGGACAACUGGCCACGAUACAGACCCAUGCUUUCCAAGGCCUUGUCCACUUCCGUCUCCUCAACGUUUCCAGCAAUGACUUGCAGACCCUCGAGGAAAAGGUCUUCCACUCCGUGGGGAACCUGGAGGUCCUCAGAUUAGACCAAAACCCCUUGGUUUGUGAUUGCCGUCUCCUCUGGAUUGUUCGGAGGAGGCGGCGGUUGAAUUUCGAGUCCCAACCAGUGUGUUCUACUAACUCAACUGGGAAAGGGAAGACUUUUCAUAAGUUCUCACAGGUCCCCCCAGGCCACUUCAGGUGCAGAAAGCCAACCAUCGAGGACAAGGCUCUUCAGAGAGUGAACGUCGACGAAGGAGGCCAGGCGAAUUUGACUUGCAAAAGUGAUGGAGACCCACCUCCCACUGUUUCGUGGGUCUCCCCUCAAAACAUCACUUUGGACACCAGACACAAAGGCCGGAUGGUAGUCCUUCCUGAUGGCACCUUGAAGAUCCUGUACGCCUUGGCCGAAGACAGCGGAUCGUACCACUGCCUGGCCAACAACGCCGCGGGCAUCGACACCAUGGUGGCCUAUCUCAACGUCUCCAUACUUCUCUUCAACAGCUCUUUACUCGUGAGCAACGCCAGCUUACUUAGAGACACGGGUAACCGUCACCCGUUCCUGGUGGACCUUGGGACCUUGGUGGGCAUCUUGGUUAUUGGGGUGGUGCCCUUUCUGUGCUCGGUCAUGGUUUGCUUUAUCUUCAUCUCUCUCUGGAGUAAGGGCAGAGGGAGUGCCAAGCACCAUGUCAUCGAAUCUGUGCCCCGUUUCCCCCGGGGUUACAAGGCCAUGACCAGCAAAAACAGAACUCCAACCAAAAAACCCAGAUGAGGUACCUGAGAAACAUCUCCCUUAGGAUGGUGUUCCUUGGAUGCCAACUGUUAUGGAACUGAGGGAAGUCUUCAUGGGUCUCAGUUCAAUGGUUAGUCCUCCUAGCUAGAGUAGGCUCCAGUUGGAUCUAUGAAACCAAUGAGUCUAACUCUACGUAAAGAUUGCCUUGCCAAAUUCCUAUUGAUUUAUUGUAGCUGAGACAAACUGUUGAAUCAAUGGGUCUACUUUAGUUAUGGAAUUAGUGUGGCUAACUCUACCUAAGGGCUGACUUGCCAAAUUCCUAUUGAUUUAAGGUAGCUGGUGCAAACUAUUGAUUCAAUGGGUCUACUUUAGUUGAGACUAUGAACUCAGUGGGUCUACUCUACCUAAGAGUUGACUCACUACGUUCCUAUUGAUUUAGUGAUUGUACUUUAAUUGGGACUAACCAUUGAAUCAAUGGGUCUGACUCUACAUAAGAGCCGACCUAUCAGUUCCCAUUGAUUGAACAAGUCAACUAUAGCUGGGACAAACUAUUGAAUCAGUGGGUCUGUUAUAGUCAGGACUAUAGAACCAAGGGGUCUAUUUCUGUGUAAGCACUGACUUUCUAACUACUAAGGCCUUCUGAUGGGGAUGCUUUGAUUGUGAGUUCCUGCAUGGCAAGGGAUUGGACUGAAAGGCCCUUGGGGUCUCUUCCAACUCCUAUGAUCCUAAGUCCCAACAUUACUGGCUCACAAGUGGAAUUUGUAACGCAAAAGUAAUAGCUUCAAAGGCUGGAUGCUGAAUUCCUGAGGAUGCAAGGAACCCGAAAUGGCUAAUAUAUAUGUGUGCAUUCAUGCCUCAGUUAAAGAAGCUCCAUUUAACAAAGUCUUUUAUGCUUCCUCGCCCUUUGCUUCCUUGCCCUCUCUUUAGAUGCAAGUUCUUUUAGCAACUUCAGCUGUGGGAGGAUGGUGAAGGAGGGAUGCAGAAAUAAAAGACUAUGAGUGUCAAGUCAUAGCAGCAUGUCUUUUAAACAAUGUAAUGAAGUUUGGCCAAAAAAACGGAAACCAUAAGAACAGCGGAUGCUGGUGAGAGAAAGAA